GAAUGAACAAAGUGCCUUGGCCUUGAACCUGCCCAUGGUUACUGUGUCUGUGUGUGUGUUUGGUCUUGUCUUUCCCAGAGGACAUCGUGGCCACAGACCUGAUAGAACAGAUGCUGAACAUGGAGCCCCAGAGGAGGCCUUCUGCUGAGAGCGUGCUCAAACACCCCUUCUUCUGGAGCCUGAAGAAACAGCUGCAGUUCUUCCAGGACGUGAGUGACAGAAUUGUAAUGGAGACAUCGGAUGGUCCAAUCAUACAGCAGCUGGAGUCAGGGGGAAAGAAAGUGGUGAAGAAUAACUGGAUGGAACACAUCACAGCAGUUCUGCGGAAAGAUCUAGAAACACGUAAAGGAGCAUAUGAAGAGGGCUCUGUUAAAGGUCUUCUACGUGCCAUAAGAAACAAGAAACACCAUUACCACGAUUCUCCUAAGGAGGUCCAGGAGACUCUGGGCUCCAUCCCUGAUGACUUUGUCUCCUACUUCACCUCCCGCUUCCCCCACCUGCUGCUGCACACCUACCUCGCCAUGCGUUCCUUUGCUGAGGAGCGGACUUUCCAAGAUUACUACCUCGAGUUCAACACGAGACUUAGACGGCAGAAGAGAACACACCCAGAGCCUGACGUGACGACAACCAAGCCAACAACUAAAAAAAUGUGACCAUAGUGUGACCUCAGGCGCUCCGCUGAGAAGUACUCCAUCCCACACCAGCAAACCUCCAAUCUAUGUCAGUACACUGUAUUGUCACGGUUCUUUUUACAUGAACAAUAUUGGUUUAUCUGAAGAAGAAGCAAUCACUUUCACUUGUAUGCAGAUGACACUGUUGUGUAUGCUAUUUCCCCGAUGGCUGACCAGGUUCUGUCAGAGCUUUAAUCUGCCUUCAUUGCCUGGCAGUAAGCCUUUAUUAACUGAAAUUGGUACUUAAUGCAGGUAAAACCAAGUACAUGUUAUAUUCCAAAUCACAUAAAAAUGUAUCUGAUGAUUUAUGCAUACGUACAUUGGAUGGUGCCCUCAUUGAUUAUGUCCCCAACUAAUAAAUAUCUAGGCAUCUGGAUUGAUGAUAGGCUGUCCUUCAAAAAGAAUGUUGAUGAGUUCGUUAAAGGUGCAAUAUGCAGAAAUCACUUUGCCAUUUCCUGGUUUCUAAAAUUGCAAUAGUUUGCCUAAUUUCAGUUUGUGACAAAACAAGUAAUAUACUGUAUAGUGUAGAGAAUCAUUGCACCAUCUAAACUGUGGUGAAAUAUCUUUUCAAUAGUAAGAAUAUUGUAUUUCCAGGUGUUUGAAGCGGGUGUACAAAACUGAAAGUAAAAGGAGCAAAAAUGAAUGCGGUAGUAGCCUAUCCCGGGGGAUGUACAUGUUUAUAUCCCAGGUUGUAUUGAUGCUUAAAGCAGGUGAAGCCCCUUUUUGAUAUGUGUGCAUGUAUACUGUAUAUUCAAGUAUGUUUAUGAUCUGAAGACAUUUAUAUUAUAAUUCAUGUCUUUUGAAUGUUGAUUGAUCAGUGUGUGAAAUGCCUUGUUUUUAUUGGUUAAAUGCAUUAUGGGUAGGGGUAUAAGAACCCUGUAUUCUCAUGGUUUUAGAGACAGACAGGGUAAGGUCCUAUUUAUUUGAUUGUGUAAAUAAUUGUACAGUUUGCCGGCUCUUUAUCCUCAAUUUGCAAAUAAAAGCCUCACUCUG